CAUCACAUAUAGCAGCCAUUCGGCCGAGCCUUAGCACCCCAAGAAGCUCUUUCGGGCAGUCUACUGACGUAUGUGUACAGUAAGAGCAUGUCCUUCCCCGGUGAACGAUGACCGCCAGGAUGCUGUUGACCGGACAAGAACGUUCAUAUCCGCUUGCUUCGUGCAAGGAUUAGCUUCUUGAAACUCCAUCAAGCAGCACCUGCCACCAGGUGUAGACGAUCGAACUGUUUGUGUCGUAUGGCUGGCGAUCUCGGCCGUGAAGGAUGCCCGACGCGUCGCGUGUCGCGUAGAGGAAUCCGAGUGUAUAAGGAGGUCAGUGCUGCCUAGUGGACUCAGCAGAGCCCCCUCUGCUCUCAUCGAUAGCCCUCCACAGCUCCACCCCUAGCAGCUUCAAAACUUCGCUCGACGGCCACUCACCAUGCAGAUCAAACCCAUCUCGUUCUCCCUCGCCGCCCUUCUCGCACCCGCCGCCCUCGGCGCAACCACGUCCACCUCCGUCUCCGUCUCCUACGACCCGGCGUACGACAACGGCCCUGCAUCCCUUUCGACCGUUUCCUGCUCGGAUGGCUCGCACGGUCUGCUCACCAAGGGCUACACCACCUUCGACUCCCUGCCGUCCUUCCCGAACAUCGGCGGGACGAGCGCCGUGCCCGGGUGGAACAGUGAUCAGUGCGGGACGUGCUGGUCGCUGGCGUACAACGGGACGACUAUCCACGUCCUCGCGGUGGACUCGACGGAGAACGGGUGGAACGUCGCGCUGCAGGCGAUGAAUACCCUUACUGGCGGACAGGCGCAGCAGCUUGGGAGGGUCGACGCGGUCGCGACGCUCGUGAACAGCUCCCUGUGCGGGCUGUAGAGCGUGUGUAUUCGUGGCGGGAACGAACGAGAUGGACCAUCAGACACGAUCAUGGUUUUUGCAUGUUGUCGGCUUUACUCGCGGAAUCAAUGUAUCUGAUACUGAUAUUUUGUUUUUGUCAUCGAUCCUUGAGCUCGAUUUCGGACGAUGCGCCAAGUUGAGUCUGGCUGACAGGAACCUCGUAGUCAGCCUCGGUCAGUCCCCAUGGAUAUGUCCGCUGGUGGGGCAUUGCCCAACCUCCAUGCAUCGUCCCGCUCUGCCACCAUGCGCACAGACAUGGCUCUCCUCAUCGCAUCUACCCUCUCCAUCGGAGGAGCGCAGGCCGGG